GGCGGGAUUCACCCUCUUCAAUACCGACUGAUUGUCGCCAAUUAAUACGCGCUCUGCUCAUGUGGAAGACGGCCGAUGUUGAGGGAAAUUAAGAUAUAUAAACGACAACUCCAUCCAUUACCCCAUCACCAUCACCGUUACUAUCACGAACUCCCAGUAUGUCGCGAUCCUUCUCGACCACUGUGCGGGCAAUGCUCAACAUUUUCUGGAAAAACACCCAAGCGAUACCUGAGUAUGAGACGAUGAUUACCCGCUCAAUUGAGAUAAACCCAAAAUUGAGUAAAUGGGCUGAGAGGGUCGAAGUUGCGGGCGACGAACAUGACUCUGAAGCAGACCCUGACCUGCGCGUAUCGGGGCAGAUAUUCAACAAGGAGGGAAUGCGGAUUACGUCGGGGCAUUGGUAUAAAGACGGGCGAGUGGUGUAUUCGAGGAGCAGCUUUAAUAAAUGAUUUGACUGGACAUGAAGAGGGGCCGGUAACUUAUAGCGAAGUAUUAUUCUUUCUAAUUAGUUGGUUGGAUGAAUAGAUACUUCAACAAGGCUAUUAAAAGAAAUCACAUGACAAGUUGCCUGUUGGCCCGUG